AGGACAGGCUUCUGAGUUUACAGGCAGGAAGGGAUGGUUGGGGUUGGCAGAGCCCCAGGAACCUCGCGCUGUGAGGAAUUCUGAGCGCUUGCGUCAUAAUUGACCCUAGCAACGCUGGAGGACGUUCGGGGCAGAGAAGUGGAUGGUGAUGGACGCGGUUUUCGGAGCUGGUCCGAUGGAUCUCUGAAGUGACGGCGAUGUUGUCCUGGUUUGGAGGCCUGGGCUCAGGCUUAGGCCACUUCUUGGGUCAGGUGGGGAGCAGCUUGGCUUCCUUCACUGGCCAUAACUCCAGCUUCACCAGGGAAAUACUUCUGGAUGACUUAGGAGACCUAGAAGUAGCUUUACAUCAUUAUUGGAGAAAGGAAAUGGAAACUACUGUUUCCACACUAAGAUGUGAGAAUGAAACACUGAAAAAGUAUUGUACUGAUCUGGAAAAAAAGCAUGAAGCAUCAGAGCUGCAAAUAAAGCAUCAGUCUAUAAGUUACCAAAAUCAACUGCAACAGAAAGAGGGAGAGAUCAGCCAUCUUAAAGCAAGACAGAUUGUACUGCAAGAUCAAGUGUUCCAACUACAGGCAGCUGCUCAAUCAGUACCUUCAGGAGCUGGUGGUGUACCAACAACUGCACUGGCUCCAUUGGAUUCCCGCAUCAGUAGUCAUUUUUCAGCCUUUCGUGAUGAUGACAUGGACUUUAGUGACAUAAUUUUAUCACAACAAGAAACAAACAGAUUGUCAAUUGAAGUUGCAAGACAUGAAUCUGAAGUUGGCCACUCGAGGCAGAUUGCUGAGGCUCAGGGAACACAUCAUUCUGACACAAGUGAAAUCUGCAAAGUACAAAAUACUAUCAAGACUCUUCAACCAAACCAAAGUCCAUACAUAGAUGAUCAUCAGCAUGAAAUGUCAGUUUUGGAGCACAGUCCUACUGUGGCAGAAAAGGGAAAAAUCCUUCCACAGAGUUCAGCAGUGGAAGAAGUGUUCAGGCUACAACAAGCCCUGGCUGAUGCUGAGAAGAAAAUCAUGAGACUAAAUGGCUUAAACCAGGUUAACCAUCUUGCAGAAGACAAUCUGAAACUGAAAAUGCAUGUUGAAGCUUUAGAAAAAGAGAAGUCAUCAUUGAGUCAAGAAAAAGAGGAACUUCAGAUGUCACUGUCAAAAUUGAGCUAUGACUAUCAAGUCAUGAAAAAGAGAACUUCAACAGACAUGAAUUUGAAUGUACAAUUACUAGACUUAAAACUUCACUUGAAGGCAAAGGAGGAAGAACUGAAUCAGACUAUCAAUGAAAAGAAAAUGCUGAUAGCUGAGUUAGAAGAACUGGAUCAUCAGAAUCAGGAAGCUACAAAGCACAUAAUUUUGAUAAAAGAUGAGCUAUCAAAACAACAAAAUGAAGGAGACCUUGUCAUCAAGAAGUUGGAACAAGAACUAGGUGAUGAAAAACAGAGAGUUCAUCAACUUGAGGAUGAUAAAAUGAACAUAUCCCAAGAGUUGCAUGUGCAGAAGGAGAAGUUAACUAGGAAUGCACAGAGCCUCAGUGAUUUGCAUUUAACCAAGCAGAAGCUUGAAGGUAAAGUAGAAGAUUUAGUAGAUCAGCUAAAUCAGUCACAAAAAAAUAGUUUCAACAUCCAUCAGGAAAACCUUGGGCUUAAGGAUCACAUUAGACAAAUUGAAGAUGAGCUGUCUGGAUUUAAGAGUAAGUACCGAAGUUCUCUGAAUGAAGACUCUAACAGUCAUUGUAAGGAUGACAUGCUUAAAGAACGGGAAGCUGAAGUUAGCAAUGUAAGGCAAAAUCUUUCUGAAGUAGAACAGCUCAAUGAAAAUUUAAAGAAAGUUGCUGUUGAUCUCAAAACGGAAAAUGAAAUGUUGAUUAUAGCAUGUGAAGAUGUAAGACAUGAGUUGGAAGAAUCUAUUGCUGCUAACAAUCAAAUCUCUCAAGAAAAAGACACUAUCACGGAGACUCUCAAAAGAGACAAAGAAGAGAUUGAAGCCAAACUGCACCAGGCAGAAAAACGACUGUUGGAAGAAGCAAAUAAUCACAGGCAGACUAUUCAGGAACUCUCCAAAGCACAUAAUUUGAAUACCUCUGCCUUAAAGCUGAAACACGAAUGUGUAGUUCAACUCACUCAAGAGAAGGACUUUGAAAUAGCAGGACUCAAAAAGAAUAUUGAGCAAAUGACUGCUGGUCAAAAAGAAACUGAGGAAAUUUUGGCAUCUUAUGUAGAAGAACAGAAGCAAUUGAUACAAGUCAUAAAUGAGAAAGAAGUUUUUAUUGGAAAACUCGAAGAAAAAAGUUCAGAACUACAAAAGGAUUUAGAUAAGUGUUCUCAGGCCUUAACAGAAAAUGAAACUUUAAGGCAAUCCAUUGAAGGAAAGGACAGAAUUCUUGCCUACAUGAAAGCAGAAAACAAGUAUCUGCAAUUAGAGGUGGAAAUACUUAGGGAACAGCACAGUCAAGCUGUACUAGUGGCUAAGCCUAAAGCUCUUGAUGCUAUCACAGAACUAGAAUUGGAGGUAUCUCAACUGAAUAUAGUCAAAAAUCAUCUGGAAGAUGAAAUUAAAGACCGUCUGAAUAUAAUUGAAAAUCAAAACAAGCGUAAAAUGCAACUCCUUCAGUCUUUACAGGAGCAGAAGGAGGAAAUGGAUGAAUUGAAGUACAAAUAUGAGCAGAUGAAUGCUGCGCAUAGCCAGUUAAUUUUAGAAAAAGAGGAGGAAAUUAAGAACUUGCAGAAAACUAUUGAAGAACUAAAAGCCCAGUUGCCUGGAGAAAGAGGAGAUGCUCAAACACUGAAUUCUGAUAUUUUUCAAGAGACCAAAGUAAAAAUCCUAAGAAAAAAAGAGGUUCAACACUUACGGGUCCAAGAAUUACGCCUAAACCGGGAGCUAGAAAGGCUACGCAGCCAUCUCUUGGAAUCAGAAGAGUCUUACACUCAGGAAAUUUUGGCUGCAGAAGACAAGGAGAUUAAACUGAGACAGAAAGUCACACUCUUGGAGGAAAAGCUAGUUGCAUCUUCUAAAGCAAGUCACCAAGCCAGUGUGCAGAUAGAGUCUCUGCAGGAACAGUUGAGUCUGGUCUCUCAACAGAGGGAUGAGAAUGCACUGCAGCUUUCGCUCUCCCAGGAACGAGUAAGGCAGUAUGCCCUGUCAUCAAGUAAGCUGCAAAGGGUUUUCGAGCACUUCCAAGAAGAAGAGAAAGCUAUGCAUUCUGCUGAAUUAGCCAAAGAAAAACAGUCGAUAGCUGAAUGGAAGAACAAGGCUGAAAAGCUAGAAGGAGAAGUAUCAUCAUUGCAGCAACGUUUGGAUGAAGCAAAUGCUAUGUUGGAUUCUGCUUCCAGACUGAGAGAAGACUUAGAUCUCAAGGAAGAACAGAUGGAAGAACUGAAAAAACAAAAAGAGCUCUGAAAAGAAAUGUCUGACCAUGUACAGCAGAAAUUGUCGACUUUGGUCAGCAGCACAGAAGGAAGAGUGGACAAAGUCCUCAUGAGAAACCUUUUUAUUGGUCUUUUCAAGACACCAAAAGACAAACAUCGUGAGGUGUUGCUGUUGAUGGGGAGCAUCCUGGACAUUCCAAAGGAGGAAUUGGAGCAAUUAUUGAAUGAAGAUUAUGGUGGUGUCAGUAAGUGGAUGAGUAGUUGGCUUGGAGGGGCAUCGAAAAGUGUCUCCAACAUUCCUUUGAGACCAAAUCAACAACCUGCGCUUAAUAGUUCUUUUGCAGAACUCUUUGUCAAAUUUCUGGAAAAGGAGUCUCAUCCCUCUGUUUCACCACCAAAAGUUUCUGCCCAUGCCAUGGACUGUCUAGACUCACCAGGAAGGAGACAGCAAGUUGUAAAUGUACCAGGAAAUGUUAAAGAUGCACCCGAAUUAAGAGCUGGCAGAAGCACCAAGGGGAAUCCAUUCUUGGUUCCCCGUUCACCAGCUGUGCCUCUUAGUAACCUAGCUGGCGUUGGACUUGGUGGACCUGGGCAUCCUCUUUUUAAACCCAUUGCAGAUUUCUGGCAUACCUUUACACCUUUGCCAGUGUCCCCGGACAAUAGUACCAGAGUUGUACUCCAGGAUCUUCUAAAUAUUUAGCAUUUUAAAGAAGCCACAACACUUUUUGAUGUUUUACAGCAUGGCCUUUUGAAAAAGUACUCAUGUAUUUGUAGACAAAAAGAGAAAGCAAAAAAGCUGGUAUAUGUAGGUUUAUAGCUACUAGGUAUUUUAUUUUAUUUGGGGGGUUGUUGUUAUGUUUUUUUGCUAUAGUUCUUUUUUAAAAAUUUGUUUUGUUUGUUAUAGCACUUUUUUGUUUAUAAAAUUUUGUUCCAAUGUAGCCGUUAAUCAUCACCAGUCAUCAAUCCUGAUGUACUUUUGUGAGCAAUUGUACAGAGCAGCAUUCUUGAACCAUUAGUUCCAACCUCUUUUUUUUUAAAUAAUAAUAUUUGUUAAAUUUAAUGGCAUUAAGAUAAAAAAUGAUACAUGUAAAUAACAGGAAACAAGAAAAAUCCAACCCAUAAGAAGGCGGUCUCAGAUUUAGAGUACAUGAAAACCAAAUAUAAUGUUGCAAAAAGUUGAGAAUAUUUAGUUUAUCCAAGAUAACACUGUACAAGUACCAAGCGAAAAUUCCAAUGGAGAGGACGUAAACAUGAAGCUUAGUGGAUAAAUACUUAAGAUGCUUUUAAUCCAAAUUCUAUGACCCCUAUCCAUUUUGCUUAUUUCCAUUUCUAUAUAAAAGUCACUUCACAUUAAUUCAGUUUUCCAGAUGUUAAAUAUAUCCAGAAGGAAGAGUAUUUUAUGAGUCAACCCCAAAGUGGGAUCACAUGAUCCAUUUCCAAUGGAAAAGUUAAUUAGUAAGAAUGUAUCAUUAAAUAUCUGGACUGUUUAUCUACAUACUAUUGGGGGCUCUACAAAAAUUCUUAUAAACACAUUUUAUAAAACAUUAGAUCCAAAGAAGUUGGGGAGAGAAAUAAGCUAACAACAGUUUUUGAAAGAUGAAAAGCUUUAAAAUAGGAGUAGUUACAACCUUUUGAUAAAUUAAGGUAAAAG